AUGAACAAGGUCUUUCCCCAGGGCCAGCCCAAUGGCAGUGCGACUGCAGUGUCCAAAGGAGCAGCAGGCCUGGCCUGUGUCAAGACUGGUCUAAGGGAACUCUCUAGACGAGUGCUUGGGAGUCAUGCCUCCACUUCCACUGGAAGAAGAACCAAAGAAGGGAUUUUUCAGAUGGCCCAGCUAAGGACAAGGACAGCCACUGAUCCCUCAAAGGGGCAUGGGUUGGGAGUGACAUGCCUGGUCCAAUAUGGUUGCCUAGACCUUUUCUUCUCUAAGUCUCCUCUCCAUGACAUAAGGGACCUUGGAGGGUGCUGCUGGGUGGAAGGACGGGAGGCUGAAGGCACUGGGCAAGAAGACUGCAAGCAUCUGUCCGCCACUCACCAGCUCCUGGGCCACACUGCCUCCAGACACCUCUGUUGUUCUCGUGCUGGGGCCUUCCUCACAGCCUCUCUGCUACUUCUGCUGGCUACUGUUGGGGCUCUGCUCGCCCUGGUGGCCAUCUUGGGACUCCCUCCACGCACUCCAGCAGCCCAAGCCUGUGUGACACUGACCAAUAGGACGGGUUUUCUGUGCCACGAUCGGAGCCGCUGCAUCCCGGCCAGCAGCGUCUGUGACGGCGUCCAGACCUGCAGCCAUGGUGAGGAUGAGGAUGAAGCUCUAUGCGGAAAUGUGCCCCACAGCCUCCCCAACUUCCUGGUGGCCCCAUGUGGAGACCCGACCUCCUGGAUCUACACAGACCAGCGCUGUGAUGGGAUCAACAACUGUGGGGAUUGCUCCGAUGAACAGAGCCCAGUGACAGAGUGCUUGCCUUGUGGCCCUGGGUGGUGGCCCUGCCCACCCACCUUCUACAAAUACUGUGACUGCAUUCCGAGGAGCCUCUGCAGGGACGGCAGGCAGCACUGUACAGACUGGUCCGAUGAGAACUCCUGUCUCCGGCCCUGAGCUCAGCCCCAAGACCCCAUGGGGAGGGGGGGCGGAAUCCUGAGCAUCCGAUGCACAUUCUAAAGGA